AUUCAUUUGGAAAAGUCUCCAUCAAGUUUAAUUUUCAAUGUAAGAAAGUGCCCAACUGAGCAGAAGAUGAGGGAAGGGAGAUGCAGAAUGCAGAGGGAUGUGGAGACUGAAAUGAUCCCUGUGUUGUUGAUGUUGCCUUUCUUUCCACAGCGUCCUCGCAGGACUGGCAGCUCUGGCCUGGCAGUGCCCCUCCCAGUGCCCAGUUUCACCCCCUAUGUGGACGAGCCAGCUGAGCCACAGAUGAUGACUCCCUGUAAAAUUGAGCCCAGCAUAAACUCUGUGUUAAGUACGCGCAAACCUGAGGAGCGGCAGGACCCCCUGCAGCGAGUGCAGCACCAGCAGCAGGAUGCUCAGGCCCAGAAGGAGAUGGUGAUGUACUGCAAAGAGAAAGUCUAUGCUGGAGUGGAUGAAUUCUCUUUUGAAGAGAUCCGAGCUGAAAUCUACAGGAAGAAAGCAAGAAAGAAAGAUGAGGAUGAAAUACAAGCCAUAAAACGGCAGAAGGAAGAAAUACAAAGGCAAAUUGAGGAGCUGGAAAAGCAAUUAAAGAAGAAAGAAGAUGACAAGCAGCAACAGCCACAUGAACAGGCAGCAGAGGUGAUGGCAGCUUCCACACCUUUGGGAAUGCAAGGAUUUACUUUUCCCAGUGCAAAAGAAUAUGGGGAGAAACAGCCUCAGUCACAAAGUGAAUUCCAGGUCUAUGAAGAUACUCAGCUACAAAAACCAUCUUGUUCUGAGGGUGUAGGUCUGCUUCCCCCACCGGCUGCUGUUCCAUUUUUCUCUAUAUUUGAUGAAUCCUCUGCUUUGACACAUCAGAAUACAAGUUGUUCAGCAGAUGGUGCCCAUGAGAAAAGUGCCCGUCAGCCUCUCGCUGUUCGUGAUGCUGUGGAUUCUCUGAGUGCCAAGGAAAGCACGGCAGCAGCAGCAGCAGCAGGAGCCUGUGAUGAGCUGAAUGGAAUUGAACGCUUGAGUGAGGAUGCAAUUGUGACGGGCUCCUACAAGAACAAGAGCCUUUGUGCCAACCCAGAGGACACGUGUGACUUUACCAGGGCUGCCCACCUGGCCUCAACGCCCUUUCACGGGGUGGGAGCUCAGAGACUCCCAGCUCCUGCUUUCUCUCAGGGUGAGCUGAAGGAAGAUAGUCCAGAAUCCAACACUGCACCUCUGACUCAGAAAACACCGGUGGGUGCAGGGGCACACAGUGAAGCGUAGAGAGCUGUAAGCGGCGUGG